AUGAAGUCAAUCCUUCUCCUCUCUUUACCCCUCGCUCUGGCCGAUGGCUCUCAAAAGCCCAUAGGGGACGCGUGGGCUCUCCCACGCGGCUUAAACCCAGCUUUAUCCGAUAAAUACCGCCCGUCCUCCUCCCAAACCUUCAACUGCCUUACACAACCCCAAAUAUCCCUGCCAAUCUCUCUUCUAAAUGACGACUUCUGUGAUUGUCCCGAUGGCAGCGACGAACCCGGUACCUCGGCCUGUGCUCACAUAAGCAGCUCUGUGAACCCUCUACCAGGGUUUUUCUGCCAAAAUCAGGGCCAUGUUCCUGCAUAUAUCCCUUUUAACCGUAUAAACGAUGGAAUAUGCGAUUAUGAAACUUGCUGUGAUGGCAGUGAUGAGUGGAUGGGUGUUGGUGGUAUAAAAUGUCCGAAUAGGUGUGAAGAAAUCGGAAAGGAAGCUAGGAAGGCAGCAGAAGAAAGACGAAAGCUUUAUGAAAGUGGCAUUAGGAGCUAUAAAAAACUUGUAGAGAAGGCGGUUUUUGUUAAGAAAGAGGUGGAGGAUAAGAUUGUUGCUGUAACUGGCGAAAUCAAGAGAUAUGAAGGCCUUGUGGAGGAGAAAAAGGCAGGAUUGAAGAAGGCUGAGGAUGAGGAGAAACUCAAGGUUGAUAAAUUGGCUGCUACUGGCGAUGAAGGGAAGAGCAGACACCAAAAGCUCCUUGACUACUCAAAGGAUAAGCUUUCGGACCACCAAGAAAAACUUUCGAAACUCUUCGAUGAGGCCCAAAGGCUGAAGGAAGAGCUCGACAAGACCGAGAAGAUCCUCAAAACAUUCAAAGAGGAAUACAAUCCUAAUUUCAACGACGAGGGUGUUAAAAGGGCCGUCAAUUCAUGGGAAGAUUACCUAGCGGCAAAGGCUACGGAAGACACUCUUACUGGAGAUUACCUAGCAGAGGUUACAGGUCUGAUGUAUGAAAGUCACCGAUGGGAGGAAUAUGAACCCGAAGAUGAUGAUAUUGCCCAAGACAUGUACGCAAUUGAGGCUUUCCUACCACCUUUCCUCCGCACCAUGGUUCACGAACAGCUCUCCUCCCUCCGCACCUCACUAGUAGAAUACGGCCUCCUCGCCCCCCGAAAACCAAAACAAUCCGCCAAAUCCACCGGCACCGUUCCACCCCACAUCCAGAAGCUAACCGACGACCUCACCUCAACUGAAUCGAACCUCUCUCAGAAGAAAUCUGAACUCACAAAUCUCCAAAACGAUCUUACAAAAGAUUACGGCCCACAAUCCGUUUUUAGAUCCCUCAAGGAUGUCUGUACUGAAGCAGCAAGCGGUGAAUAUACAUACUCCUUCUGCCAUUUAGGUCGUGCCACCCAAAAGAACAGAGAGGGUGGUUCAACCCAUCUGGGAGAUUGGACAGGAUUUGAUCGAAGAUACGAUGAUGAGAUCGAACAGGAAGUUACGGUUAUUAAGUACGAAAAAGGAUUGAGAUGCUGGAAUGGACCGGAGAGGAGUGCAUACGUUUAUCUGAGAUGCAGCGCCGAGGAAAAGAUCUUAAGUGUCGCCGAGACCGAGAAGUGUGUGUAUAAGUAUGUGGCUACUAGUCCUGCGGCUUGUGGAGAUAUCGCCGCGGAGGGCCAGGAAGGUAUUGUCACGGGAGAGGCGAAACGACAGGUAAAUUAA